AUGAUCCGAGCCUCGUUACUCGCCUAUCUCAGCUUGUUACUUGCUGUACUUCAGCAGGCCAAUUCUACAUCUGCAGACCUAGUCGACGAUGCGCAGCUCUACGCUACUGAGAAUCAGAAUGUCUGGGUACCAGUACCCAAGAAAGGUUACUAUAUUGAAUCGGACAUCCCAGCACAUGCACAGUUCAAGGAGCAACAAGGCCGAACGCGCAAAAUCGCCAUCAUCGGUGCAGGACCGUCCGGCACCUCUGCAGCUUACUUUCUGAAACAUGCCCAAGAUCGGCUCGCCUCUUCGAACGACUCGUCCAUCGCUGGCGACAAACUCGAUCUCACCAUCUAUGAGCGAGAGACUAGAAUCGGUGGUCGAGCUGCCGUUACCUAUCCCUACGACGAUAAUACCCAAGAUCCGGUCGAGCUAGGCGCGAGUAUCUUUGCCGAUGUCAACCUAAACAUCCGGCGAGCGGUCAAAGACUUUGACCUGGAGACUGGCGCGAAAGUGGGCCUCUCCGGUCAGAUGGGCAUUUGGGACGGACAGCAAUUUCUGUUCGAAGGUGACCAAAGCAGUUGGUGGACGAGCGCCAAGUUUUUCUUACGCUACGGAUACAGUGCCAUCACUACGGAGAACAUUGUCAAGACGCAGCUCUCGUACUUUGCAGGCCUCUACCGCCCGAGCUUUCUGCACGCGCGCAAAGGCAAAAGCAAUACGAGCGUCUCUGGGUAUCCUUGGUCGAGGAUCGAAGACUUGGCAGACGCCAUCAACGCCACUUCGCUGGUGCAGACCACGGGCAUGCAAUUCUUCAAAGACCGAAGGGUCUCUGAGCUGUUCAUCGAGGAGAUGGUGGAAGCGGCAACACGAGUCAACUAUGCACAAGACACCGACAAAAUCCAUGGCUUUGGCGCGUUGGUCAGCCUGGCAGCUUCCGGAGCGACCGGAGUCAAGAAAGGAAACUACCGCAUCUUUGAGCAGUUUGCUAGCCGCAGUGGUGCGAGGGUGUUGACCGGUGUCGAAGGGCAGGUGACGGGCAUAGUUCGCUUCAACAGUACUGUUCCAGUGCCAAGACGACUUGGCUUGCAGGAAGGAGCGGAAAUGGAGGAGCAGGUGCAGUGGUAUAUCGGCACCAAAAGCGGCGAAGGCGAGUUGUACGAUGCGGUCAUCAUCGCCACUCCCUGGCACAAUGCGGACAUCACGCUUCUCAACACAAGGGAACGCGUCAAGAGCAAGCCGUUUGUCCACCUGCACGUGACGCUGUUGACGACGAGCCGCGAGAGGCCGCGAUCGGAAUACUUUGGAUUGGGAGAACAGGAUCUUGUGCCUACCACGAUCCUCACCUCAAGCGAGAGCGUGAGGAGAGCAUCAGCGGAUCGCAGAAACAAGCCUCACGUUCCGGAGACGCCGUCGCCGCCAGACGAGAGUGCGCACAGUACAACACCGCGCUUUGGGGCUAAGGACGAGCUGAAGAAACCGAAGCUGGAAUUUUUCUCUCUCAACUACCUGCGAUCUGUCAGGCCGCCGCGCUCCACCUCGGAUUCUUCGAGCGCCAAGGACUACGUGGUCAAGAUCUUUUCUGCACAACCCAUGUCUGACGAUCAGCUUUCGGCGCUGUUUGGCGAUACGAUAAGUUGGAUCAAGCGACACUCGUGGGAUUCAUACCCUUACCUCACGCCCACGGACCGCUACCCGCGCAUCCAAGUGGACCACAACCUGUACUACUCGAAUGCCAUCGAGAGUCUUGUUUCGACCAUGGAGACGUCGACUGUGGCCAGCAAGAAUGCCGUCGCCUUGAUGCUGCGCAGCUGGUACGGCGACGAUUUCGUCAACGGCAACCACUGCAAUUCGUCUGUCCCAAUCGACCCGCUCGACAACCCGAAUUGGGCUGGCUGGGGUUGCGAUUCUGGCUAA